CCAACACUGCCGAACGAAGUCGCCUUCGAUAAAUACUUUUGGCGGGCCGAGACGCCUGAUCAGGAAACAACACAAUCAACUUGUUAUUCUUUCAAUGCGGACGUACAUAUCCGGGUUUAAAAACAUAAUAUAGUAUUGGGUGAUCCGAGUUAACGGGAUUCUUUAGAUUCGUGAUGGCGCCGUGCGUGUUGUGCCGUAGCUACGAUAAAGACGAAUUGAUUUUCGGUCCCGUACACCAACAUGGAAAGAUGUGGAUGCAUACCAACUGCCUGUAUUUGAGCUCGAACCUGAAGCAGCGUGGCAAUGAUGACAACGGAAUACUGUGCUUCCUGCCGGAGGACAUCGAGGAGGAGGCCCGGCGCUGUCGGGCCCUGACCUGCUACUAUUGUCACAAAUCUGGAGCGAAUAUAGGAUGCUGCCACCCGACAUGCCGUCGCACCUUUCACACAAAGUGCGGCAUCGACAACAUGGCCCAGAAUCAGUUCCGCGGCACCUACAAGUCCUUCUGCCACUCGCAUGUGCGCAACUACCGCUACCGGCCCGAUCCUGACGAGGACUGCGUGAUCUGCCAGGAGCGCUUGAUGGGCACCGAGGAGCGCUUCAACGUCUGCACCAUGCUGCACUCGCCCUGCUGCCGCAACGGCUGGUACCACCGCCUCUGCCUGCAGGCAUACGCCAACUCGGCCGGAUACUUCUUCAAGUGCCCGUUGUGCAAUAACUCCAGUACCUUUCACGACGUAGCUCUGCGCGGGAUCUCGGUGCCAAACAGCGACGCUUCCUGGGAAGCCGAACCGGACGCCUAUGUGGAGCAGACACAGAGGGAGCAGUUCUGCACUGCCUCGCGCUGCCUGAGCGACAGUCGUUUCAUUUACGUUGCCUCUCUGAUCUACUGCACCCUCUGCGGGUCCAAUCCCGUCCACCAGUUCUGCACCAAACAGAACGAGGCCACCUACAGCUGUAUGAUUUGCUCGAACGUCGCCGAAGCUAGCCAGAUCUAUGGCCCCGCUGCCCCGAACCGGGACGACGCUAUAGACGAGGACGACUAUGACGAUCCCCUGGAUCAGGACUUUGUGAUCAAUGAAUCAUCGCAAGACCCGGAACCGGAGCCCGAGGCGGAGAAAGAGGAGAAGCAAGAGUCAAAUAAGCAAGCGGAAGAGGAGGAUUCCGACACUGAUGAUGAUAAGCUCAUGACGAUGGCUUUUGAUUCGAUUAUUGUUCGUCGCUGCCCCGUGCACGGAGUCCUUUCUCCGACCUCGCAAGCGCGCGCCUAUAAUCUGCGUUCUCUGAGCAACCAGGAGAACGAUGCUCCGACACCGACCGUUGCCGCGGGCGUUCGCGGCCGUCGCUCGCGAACGGCGCUCUCAGCCCGUAGUCUUGACACAGCCGUGGCGGCAAGCACAUCCGCCGCCACUGGCGCAGCCGUCGCCGAUGCUGCCACAGCAGAUGAGGAGAACAAGGAUGAGAAGCCCUCUGGACCGUCAGGCUCAGUGCAGGCCCCGUCCAGACGUCGACGUUUUUUGCGCUCUCUCUCGCCAGAGGCGACUGCCAGUCGCUCCUCCGCCCGUAUCCAAAAUCGUCUUCAGCAGCAGCAACAGCAUCAGGAGCCAGCCGCUCCAACCGAUCCGAAUGACGCCGCCACCCCAACGGCGUCCACAAGCAAUGUCGCUCGCCGUCGGCGAUUCACGACCACAGGUGCUUCUUCUUCGUUGAAUGACCUGGCGUCUCCGAACAUGGACAUAUCCUGUAUAGCCAACAGGACUCGCCGGCGCUUGCCCUUCUACAAGACUGGCCGCAAAUAAGUCCAGGCUGGCGCCGGGCCGCGUUUGUUUUUGCAAGAAAUUCAACAAUUACUCUUCACAUUUCCCCGGAUGGCGAGAUUCGUUAUCAUUUCCCCAAAUUAUCCUGUUGUAACUUUUACAUUUUGGCAAGAAGGACUCGCAGCGUUGCCCGUUGAGGCGCCCCCGCAGUUAUGUUCCGGCUGGGCGCUUCCGCUUCCGUUCAAGAAAAGCAGCAUAGAGCUUAUCUCAUUCCCGGAUAGCAAGAAUCGUUAUCAUUCCCCAAAUUAUCCUGUUCCGCGUGUGCGUUGUGCUGUUAUGUAAUUAUCUAGACUUUAUCAUACUCGUAUCUUUACACCUUCCAAUAAUAACACUAAGAAUCGUAUAUAUAUUCCAUAAGUAUAUAUUCCUGGUAUCUCCGGCACCUAGCUAGAGCGAGAUAGCCGGAGAUGCUUCAAAGCGAAAGAGAGGGAAAACAAGGCUUUUAGUUUUUAGUUUUUAUUUUUUAUUUUUUAUUUUUAGAUGCCCUAAGUUUGAAUUUGUUUGUAUACUCGCUGUAUAUAUUACUUAAGACUAUUUUUUAUUUACAAAAUUGCUGUGCGAUGAUUAGUUACCAACAGGCAAUGGAUUUUCAAUUUAUUUCCUUAAAAUAAAGUGCAAAGUUAAUUAAGUUUAAAAAAUUUAAAAUUUUCAAGUAUUGAAUCGAAAGUAUUACAAGAUUUCAAAUUUAAAAAGUUGGAAAAACCUGUAAUUGAAAAGAAACUGCAUUUUUUCUUUUCGUUUCCGUAUAAUUGUUAAAUAAUUAAAAUUAGGAAGCAAGUGUAAUUUAUCCGAAAAUCAAAAUAUAAUAUAUAAAUUGUUCAAAAAAUUUGAUUUAUUGCUUUACAGUUCAAAAUAAACUGUAUUAAUUUUGUAUUUGGGAAUUGAGAAAAAUCGAAUUAAAUAACCAGUGUGUGCCCACUGUUGAGCGAAAACAGCCCGCUCGCCUAUCGAUAGCCUCACCGUGACAACGUGGCGAUAACACGAUAUUCGCGACAUACCCACUGGCUGGUCACACUGGGGCAUAUAGUUUUUGGCUUUACAUGUAUUUGUGCGUUAGUAAUAGUUUAUCCAGAAUACAAUUGUAAAUUAAGGACCGACUUGGACGACCCUCAGCCGAGACAGAAGCCGCAGCCCACAGAGCCCAGUCGAGAUGAAAGCUUGAGCCGACAGCGCGGUCAAAGGCAGCAAACUCCACUCACAAAAUUCAGCAAUCAGCCUGGCCUGCCUGUUCGUGUGUGGGUGUGCAUGAGAGAGA